GGGCUGCUGUCGCCCGCACCAUGUCCGCGGCCGCCUACAUGGACUUCGUGGCUGCCCAGUGUCUGGUUUCCAUCUCGAACCGCGCUGCGGUGCCGGAGCAUGGGGGCGCUCCGGACGCCGAGCGGCUGCGACUACCUGAGCGCGAGGUGACCAAGGAGCACGGUGACCCGGGGGACACCUGGAAGGAUUACUGCACGCUGGUCACCAUCGCCAAGAGCUUGUUGGACCUGAACAAGUACCGACCCAUCCAGACCCCCUCGGUGUGCAGCGACAGUCUGGAGAGUCCGGAUGAGGAUAUGGGAUCCGACAGCGACGUGACCACCGAAUCUGGGUCGAGUCCUUCCCACAGCCCGGAGGAGAGACAGGAUCCUGGCAGCGCGCCCAGCCCGCUUUCCCUCCUCCACCCUGGAGUGGCUGCGAAGGGGAAACACGCCUCCGAAAAGAGGCACAAGUGCCCCUACAGUGGCUGUGGGAAAGUCUAUGGAAAAUCCUCCCAUCUUAAAGCCCAUUACAGAGUGCAUACAGGUGAACGGCCCUUUCCCUGCACGUGGCCAGACUGCCUUAAAAAGUUCUCGCGCUCGGACGAGCUGACCCGCCACUACCGGACCCACACGGGGGAGAAGCAGUUCCGCUGCCCGCUCUGCGAGAAGCGCUUCAUGAGGAGCGACCACCUCACAAAGCACGCCCGGCGGCACACCGAGUUCCACCCCAGUAUGAUCAAGCGAUCGAAAAAGGCGCUGGCCAACCCUUUGUGAGGUGCUCCCCACGGCAGCCAGGGAGGGGUGGACCCCGCAAGGACAGAACCACUCCCAGGAACCAGAUGGACACGUGGAAACCAAGCCCCAGAGGAGGCAUGCUGUCAGCACAGGAAGUCACCGCUCUUUGGUCAAUAUCCUGAUUUUCCUCUCCCUGCCUUGUUUUUAAAAAGCACAUUGUAGCCUAAGAUCAAAGUCCACACUUGGUCCCCUUUACAGAGGCAACUCUCUGAUGAACCCGUCUCUGACUGUUGGAGGGAAGGCAAAUGCUUUUGGGUUUUUUUUUUUUUUUCCUCCUUUUUUGUUUUUCAGGGGUGGGUGGUGGGUGUGGGGAGAGGGGACAGGCCAAGACUGGGUAGAAUUUUAAAGAUCCAACACUGGUGUACAUAUGUCUGACUGGGUGAGUUGACCUGUGGCCUCACGCAGUGAUUCUAGGCCCUUUCUGCUUGCUGUCUCUCGGAAUUGUUUUCCUACCUUUUAAUGUAAUGACGAGUGUGCUUCUGUUUGUUUAGCAAAACCACUCUCUUGACUCACGUUAACUUUUGAGAUUAAAAAAAAAAAAAAACACGCCAUAGCACAGCUGUCUUUAUGCAAGCAAGAGCACAUCUACUCCAGCAUGAUCUGUCAUCUAAAGACUUAAAAACAAAAAAAAAAAAGUUACUUAUAGUCAAUGGGUAAGCAGAGUCUGAAUUUAUACUAAUCAAGACAAACCUUUGAAGGUUACACUAAGUACAGAACUUUUAAACCUUGCUUUGUAUGAAUUGUCCUUGUUGAACAUAAGCUGCACUUUUAUUUUCUAAUGCAGAGGAUGAAUAAGUUAAAUACAUGCUUUUGAGGAUAGAAGCAGACACUCUGUCUGGCACCACAUUAUAAUCUGCUUGUUUUACAAUAUCCACGUUUCCCUAAGACAUCACGGCAGAGAUGUGAGGGCAGAAUCUACACAACAGUUGCUGAAGGAGAAGGAGGGUAGUGUUUUAAAAUAAUAAUAAUAAAAAUAAUAAAAGAACCAAUGGAAUUUUAACUCUAUUAACUUUUCCAAAUUUUCCUAUCCUUUUAGUUAACAUCAUCGUAUUGUACCAUAAUGCCACUAAGGGAGAGGACUUUUGACUCUGUUAGGUUUUAUUUGAAUGGGUGGAUAACAGUAACUAAAUCUGGAAACAGCUAUUUUUGGGGGGAAAGGGUUUGUGGGUCUCCUCAUGUUCCUACAAAACUCCCACAAUCAAGUGCAAGAGUUAUGUAGAAGGAAAGGGAGCUGAAAUAGGAAAAGAAAAACAGACCCCUGCAAGUAGUGAGUGCCAAGGGAAAAUACCACGGUAACUUCAGAGGGGACUCUGCAAAAUGAUCCCUUUUGGAGAACUCUGGAAUACUAUGAAUGAAAUCACAUCACUGUACCUUUUACAUCGAUAUCCUCACCACUAUAUAUCUUGUAUCUCGGUGUCUAAUGGCUGAAACCACUACAUCCAUAAUAUGCCAUUUAUCUGAAAGCUUCAUUUGGGCCUUUAAGUGGCCAGAAAACUGAACUGAGUUUUCAUAGUUAAGAAAAAAAAAAAAAAAAAAAAAAAAAACCUCAAAACGAGGGGAGUCAGCAGUGAUCAUGGGGGAAAUGUUUACAUUUUUUUUUUCUUCAGAAGUAACGCUUUCUGAUGAUUUUAUCUGAUAUUUAAAACAGGAAGCUCCGGUGCACUCUAGUUUAUAUAAGUGCUCUCCCACGUGUUGUGUAAACAUAGGGUGCUUACCUGUAUCACCUGACACGCGUUUCCAAUUCAGAGCGAGCGUGGGCUCCUGCAGCGGGCGCGGGUCACGGCUGACUCCGACUUCCAAUACGACAGCCAUCACUAGCACGGUGUUUUUUUCGUUUAACCAACGUAGUUGUAUUAAUAGUUCUAUAAAGAGAACUGCUUUUAACAUUAGGGACUGGGAGCAGUCCACGGGAUAAAAAGGAAAGUGUUUUCUCACGAGAAAACAUGUCAGGAAAAAUAAAGAACACUUUCUACCUCUGUUUCAGAUUUUUGAAACGCUUAUUUUAAACCAAAUUUUAAUUUCUGUGUCCAAAAUAAGUUUUAAGGACAUCUGUUCUUCCAUACGAAAUAGGUUAGGCUGCCUGUUUCUUCCUGAGCUCAUGGAAUGGUUCUGCUUGUGAUACUCUGCACGCUGCCUUUUAGUGAGUGAGGAGUUUGGGUUGCCUAGCAACUUUCUAACUUGGAAAAACUCAUCCUUCCCUCGCAGAAAGAAACGAAGGAAAACAAAGCAAAGUCAGUCAAGACAAUCUUUGUAGUUUCAGGAGUAAAUCUAUAUGUGGCUUUCGUUGAGCACUUAGAUGGAUAUAAAUGCAGCAACUUGUUUAAGAAAAAAAGAUGCACAAUUUACUUCCCAAAAAAGUUGCUACUUGCCUUUUCAAGUUGUUGACAAACACACAUUUGAUAUUCUCUUAUAUGUUAUAGCAAUGUAACGUAUAAACUCAAGGCUUUUUAUUCUUUGUGAUAAAUCCUGUUUUAAAAUGUCACAAAACAGGAACCAGCAUUCUAAUUAGAUUUACUCUAUCAAGAUAUGGUUCAACUAGGACUACUAGAGUUCAUUGAACACUAAAACUAUGAAACAAUUACUUUUUAUAUUAAAAAGACCAUGGAUUUAACUUAUGAAAAUCCAAAUGCAGGAUAGUAAUUUUUGUUUACUUUUUUAACCAAACUGAAUUUUUGAAAGACUAUUGCAGGUGUUUAAAAAGAAAGAAAAGUUGUUUUAUCUAAUAUUGUAAGUAGUUGUCAUAUUUUGGAAAAUUUAAUAGUUUUAGAGUUAAGAUAUCUCCUCUCCUUGGUUAGGGAAGAAGAAAGCCCUUCACCAUUGUGGAAUGAUGCCCUGGCUUUAAGGUCUAGCUCUACAUCAUGCUUCUUUUGAGAAUUCUAUUUGGUAGUUAUAAUUACAGAAACCGAUUAGUUUGUCAGUUUGCAGAUAGAUUUAGCACAGUACUCAUCACUCUGGAUAGAUUGAGAUGUUCUUUCACAACAGAUGAAUGAUCUGUAACACUGUAAGAUACUGAUCUUUACAACUGUUUAAUCAGUUUUAUUUUUGUACAGUAUUAGUGACCUAAGUUAUUUUGCUGUCCCGUUUUUGUAAAUCAAAUGAAAUUAUAAAAGAGGAUUCUGACAGUAGGUAUUUUGUACAUAUGUAUAUAUAUUGUCCAAAUAAAAAUAAUAAAUGAUAAAGA